CCAUCUUCCUCACCCUUUCCUCCUCUUCAUAUUAAACCUCCCUUUCUUUUUCUGUCUGAAACUUUUCCUCCUUAACCUCCCUGCUUCACCCUCCCUCUAUCUUAUGGCAUCUUCUUCGGGAAGCCUCGACACUUCUGCUAACUCCCGCCCCACCUUCACUUUCUCUACGCAUCCAUUCAUGAAUACUUCUUUCUCUGAACUUCUCGCUUCUCCCGCCGCCGAUAACCCUGCCUACGCCGUUGAUAAACCUCGUGGAUUGUCGGAUCGUAUCGCAGAGAGAACUGGGUCGGGUGUGCCUAAGUUCAAGUCGACCCCACCACCCUCGCUUCCUCUCUCUCCUCCUGCCAUUUCUCCUUCUUCUUACUUCGCCAUCCCUGCUGGGUUGAGCCCAGCGGAGCUUCUCGACUCGCCUGUUCUCCUUAACGCUUCUAACGUUUUGCCAUCUCCGACAACUGGAGCAUUCUCUGCUCAGGCCUUCAAUUGGAAGAGCAGUUCUGGGCAAAACCAGCAAAAUAUCAAAGAAGAAGACAAGAACUUCUCAAGUUUCUCGUUUCAACCCCAACCCAGACCUCCUCUUCCAUCCACCACAACGUUUCAAACUCCAGCCGCCUCUAAUCAAGCUCAUCAGGCAUGGAGUUUUCAAGAAGUCACGAAGCAAGAUAACUUCUCUUCAGGAAAGAAUAUGGUGAAAGCUGAGAACGCUUCUACACAGAGCUAUUCCACUGAGAUGCUUAUUAGUAAUGUCCCAGCAAACCAUAAUGGUGGGUUUCAAUCGGAUCAUAGCAAUUACCAUCCACAACCUCAGACCUUAAGCAGAAGAUCAGAUGAUGGGUACAAUUGGAGAAAAUAUGGGCAGAAGCAAGUGAAAGGAAGUGAGAAUCCUAGAAGCUACUACAAAUGCACAUACCCCAAUUGCCCCACGAAGAAGAAGGUUGAGAGGUCUCAGGACGGGCAAAUCACUGAGAUAGUUUACAAGGGAACACAUAACCACCCCAAGCCUCAGGCAACUAGGAGAAACCCAUCAAAUGCAUCUCUCGCAAUUCCUGCUUCGAAUUCUGUGACAGCUGAAAUCCCAGAUCAGUCAUUUGCCAGCCACGGUAAUGGACAAAUGGAUUCAGCUGCAACACCAGAGAACUCAUCCAUAUCAAUGGGGGAUGAUGAUUUUGAGCAGUCUUCCCAGAGGACUAGAUCAGGAGGAGAUGAGUUUGAUGAAGACGAAUCUGAUGCCAAAAGAUGGAAAAUGGAAGGUGAGAAUGAGGGUAUAUCGGCAGCUGGAAGCAGAACAGUUAGAGAACCCAGAGUUGUAGUCCAGACAACCAGUGACAUAGAUAUUCUAGAUGAUGGAUACAGAUGGAGAAAAUACGGGCAAAAAGUAGUGAAGGGAAAUCCAAAUCCAAGGAGUUACUACAAAUGCACACACCCAGGAUGUCCAGUGAGGAAGCACGUAGAGAGAGCCUCACACGACCUAAGGGCAGUGAUCACAACCUACGAGGGAAAGCAUAACCAUGAUGUCCCUGCGGCCAGAGGGAGUGGCGGCCAUUCUGCGAGCAGGCCUCUCUUAAACAACUCCACAAACACUAACAGCGCAAUGACGACAGCCAUAAGGCCCUCGGCCAUCACACACAACACUAACAAUUCAUUGAACAACUCUAUUCAGAAUUAUAGGGUAGCAGCAUCAGCACCAGAGAGUCAAUCAUCGUCACUCGGCCUAGGGAUGCUUCAGGGUCCAGGAAGCUUCGGGUUUGGGUUCGGGAAUCCAAUGGGGUCUUUCAUGAAUCACAACAACAACAACAACAACAAUCAGCAGCAACCACAAUCUGAGAACGGGUUUUCUUCCAGGGCCAAGGAGGAGCCCAGGGAUGACAUGUUUUUUGAAUCUCUGCUGUGCUGAUGAAGAAAGUGGCUUUGCUUUCUUUUUUGAAUGGCCAGCACAGCGGUGGAAGGUUCUGUUAGGUUUGAUAUGACCAAAGGGGGAAAAAAAAGGAAGACGUGGUUGAUUCCAUUGAUUUCAUUAUUUCAUUUAGGUUUGUUUCAUUUGUUGUAUAUUUUCCACAGGAUCUACAUAUACUAUACUGGCUGUAUAUUUCAAUAAUUGUAUGUUUGCGCACACAGUGUUUGUACAAUUUUUGAUUGUUUUGAGGCGCCAGGGGCCUCAGUGUAAUCUUUGUUGGUGUCUGCUUUCUUGUUGUUGCUCAACAGGAAGAAAGAAUGGGAAAUUUUG